AUGGACCCAGACCAGGACCUGUACCAGGACCCAGACAGAACCAACAGACCAGUCCCUCUUCCUCGAAUCCGGUCUAACCCAGGACCAGAGUCUGAACCUAAACUUGGACUUGGACCAAAGCUGGACUCAGACGGUCUGAAGGACUCGAGGGAGGAGCUGCGAGGACCAAAACUGUUCCACAAAUGGAGGAGUUUAGAGAAAACACCCAACCCUGAACCAGGACCAGGACCAGGACCAGGAUCCAGACCAAAGGCCAAACCCUGGACCAGACCAGGACUCGGAGCCAAGAGCAGCAGGUCCACAGAGGAGACACGAACCGACCCAGAACCUGGCCCCCGCCUGGCCCCGCCCCCUCGACCCAGACCCAAACCAGGACCAGGACCAGGACCAGGUCUGGGAUCAGAACCAGGACCAGAGCCACAGUCCCUAAAGAGCGACGGCUCCAUUUACAGAAACCUGGACUUCACGAGGUGA